UCUCACAACAAAAACUUUGGGCACAAAGCUCUGAGCAAUGUCUGAAGAUUGGGAAUGUCAAUUUGCUGAGCCGACCAAAGAGGAAAUCGAUGGCUUUGUCAUUGAGAACCGGCAUUUUCUAUCAGACACUGCCGAGGCCCUUUUUCGCAAUAUGGACAAGCGAGAUCAACGGUUCGUCAUGCAGGAAGGCGGCUUGUCAAACUGCAGGGAUACCAUAGCAAUCCUAAGAUCCAGGGCGCGACAUGGUUGCUGGAAGGCGUGGUUGGAUGCUCAUCAGGAUCGCCCUGAUGAUAUGUUGGAAAAGUUUGUCGUCUCCAACCAAGCGUGGAUGAACCAAGAAGCAGAAGACCUCUUGAGGUCACUGAAACAAGAACAAGCGUUGGGGGUAAUUGAACGUGGAUCCUUUAAGAAUUGCCGAGACCCAGUAGCACUCAUCAAGAAGAGGCUCAAAGAUGCGAAGGCCGGAAGAUGGUCAGGUGUACCAAUCAGGGAAGAUAUUAGCAAAGAGGGUGAGAACCAAGGAAAUCGGGACAGAGCUGCAGAGUCAAGGGCCUUCAAGGACAGAGAACGGCAAAAGUGGUUGGACUUAAAGCAGCAAGAUCCGCAUGACAAAGCUCUUAGAGAAGAUCGGUCUUUGUGCUGCAUGGGGUUGCCUCCUCUCUGGGGUCUGCAACAGAUACGAGAUUUCUUCAACAACAUUUUCAACAACACUGAAGACCAGGUGGAGGGGGUGUUCUUGAGAACUGCAAAGCCUGUACGAGGUCAGCAACAGCGCAGCGCUUCAAUUGAUUUCGUUACUGUUGACGGUGCACGAAGUGCUGCUCUUGCUUGUGACAGGCUGGAAAUUGAAGAUCAGGGUGAGACUUUCGUGCUCAGCUGCAGCAUUAGACACAAGGUGGAAGGUACAGGAGAUAUUUCAUUCAUCUAUCCAGCACGUGGGGAGGUAGACCCAAAGAAAGCCCUGGCGGAAGCCCGCUGUAUUUACAUCUCAAAGAUACCUGUGAACACCACAGAAGAGCAAGUCAAAGAGCUGGUCGAAGACUUUGGAGAGGUGGAGGCUGUGCAUAUGCUUCCGUCGAACGGAAUCAAUCUUGCCUGCUUCGUCACCAUGGUGAGUCCGGGGGAAGCAGCUUUUGCCAUUAGAGGCCUCAACAAUGCACAGGCAUUCGGCAGCAUCCUUUCUGCAAGCUACCAGAUUCAGAAAAAUGUGAAGAAAAGGAAGAUCCAUCCAGAAGAAGAGCUGAAACAAUGGUAUCCUGUGGAGAUUCGGAACUUCCCUCAUUGGACCCUGGCGGAAGACAUCAAAGCAACCAUAUUGUCUGUUGGGCCUGGUCCGCAGAGAGUGCGAAUUCUGCACUAUGAUCCUGAACCAGCACUUAGCGUCGCAAGAGCAUAUUUCAAAGAGGAAGAAGAUCGCGAUGCUAUUCUAAAGGCAUUGAAAGGCCACGAAAUCACUCCUGGGUAUUUCUUGAAUUCUACAUCUGCCCCCAGGACUUCAGGAACUGGUGCAGCAUUUACUCACACCCCUCAGCCUGGACAGCCACUUGGACAAAGAUUCACUGGAUUCCCUUCAGCCGCUGAGCCACUUAGACUGGAUAGCAACGUCGCAAUGGCCAACGCCUGGAUUCCAGCCACCUUCAGAUAAAAAAUGGUCUUGC